CUGCCAGUAUCGUGACGCCGUAGCACGCCCACUCUUGCCCUAACGCUUCUGUUUCCGGUCUGGUUGUGUAUUGGGGAUGUUGACGUUGUGUAUCACGGGUGUUGAUUGUAAUACGUGUGAUAUAUCUGCUAAAAUUAAUUACAUGGACCAACUCCUGGUUUGGAAGAUACGGACGUGUCGAUAUUGCUGUCGUUAAUGUGAGUGUUUUCGCCCAGAGAGAAACGCUUCUGGGCAGCGAAGUGCCUGUCUAGAUAUUCUGGUCUGAGAAGUAGAGGGCCCCACAGCUCCCCCUCCUGGCUGCUUUGCGCUCUGCUCUUUCUGGAGUGAGUGUGUUAACUCACACCCUUUGUGUGGGGAUGGUGGGCCACUUUCGCAGCUAUAUUUGGGACCCGGUCCUGAUUGUGUCCCAGAUCAUACUGAUGCAGUGUAUCUACUACAGCUUCCUGGGGCUGUGGCUGGCCGGUAUUGACAGCCUUGUGCAGAACAGCCGAUCGCUCGAUCAGAUCUUCAGUUACGAGGUUCUAGGCUUCUCCACACCCCAGGGCAGGCUGUCAAUGAUGGCGUUUAUUCUGAACUCGCUCACAUGCGCUCUUGGCUUGUGGUUUUUUGUGCGUCGAGGGAAGAAGUGCUUGGAUUUCACCGUGACGAUCCACUUCUUCCACCUGAUUGGCUGCUGGAUCUACAAUGCUCGCUUCCCCGGCGCCCUCUCCUGGUGGCUGGUCAACGUGGUGUGCAUGGCCCUGAUGGCUGUGAUCGGGGAGUACCUGUGCAUGCGGACUGAACUGAGGGCCAUUCCUGUUAACACUGGACCCAAAUCCACCCUCUGAGCCCCUGUGUGUGGGGGGUGAGGGCGUGGCCUCUAUAGACAUUGCUGUGGCUGGCAGAGAGAGGGGAAGUGGGCUGAACCACUUUUUUGGAAAUGCCAAUCUCCGUUUUUGUUACCUCCUUGUUUACUGAUGCUGGAGGUGAUUAAAUUCAUGUGUCCUUCAUACAGACCUUUUUUCAUGCUGUGUAGGAUUACUCCUCACAAGACUUUCAGCAGCUUCUGAAGGAUGGAGACAGGGAGCUGGAAGUGUUUUCCCUUACCCCAGCUGCUCUUGUGCUUGGAUGGUUAGAGUUGAUCUGUCCCCCAAGCAGGAUGUGACGUCAAUCUGGAUUGAGCUAUCUGCUAUAUUCUAUCGAAAUCCCAAGAUAAUUAUCUCAGGAUUUCAACUUGGUUUAUAUUCCCCCUUCUAAAUUUGAACUGCUACUGUAUGUAUUUCUGAAUGUAUUUUAACCUUCAGAAAUCAAUUUCCCUUAAUUACAGCUGACUUUUGGGGUUAUCAGAUCACUUGUCUAGGUUGUGCUGCUGCUGUUCAUCCUAACUGUUAAAUGACUCUCUACCCACCCUGGUUAUAGAGAGGUUAUUUUAAAGGUGCAUGCCAUGGGAUUUUACCAUUCACUUCCCUUUCUGAUCAUCAUGGAGCAUUUUCACUACUACCCUCAUUUUCAUUCACGAUAGAGCAGCCCUUUCCUCCAUGUUGGUCCCUGCUUUCUAAACUUUUCUUCUCAAGGGACACAAUUAUUAUACCGGGAGGGUGGGGAUUGAGUUUGCCUUAUUUCCCAAGCUGUCAUUUAAACUCAGAAAUGUAAUAUUUAAACAUUACCCACUCCAAUUAGUUUCUCCCAGCUGAAUGUGAUGGCAUCUGUUUUUAGCAGCCUCAAACAGGAUUCCUCACGCCUAUGGCACAAGGCAACACACGAGACAAUGUUGGAGACGGUGCGAGCAGAUUGCUUUCUAAAAUGGUUUUGUCAGCGUACACAAACACACACACACACAGAGACAGAGGGUACAUUCACCUGCACAGGGACAAUACCAGUCUGUAUUUAUUAACUGUUGACUUUUCUGUAUAAAAAGUGUUUUACCAGCAAAGUAUUUGGCUAUUUCUGUGCCGUUUCCACAGCUGCACUUCGGUUUACCCCAAUGCAAGUGGGUGAGAUACCUGGUAGGGUCUUCUCUGAACUAAGGUAGCUACAAGACUGAACCCUCCUCUCCUUCCUUGUAUGCAACUCCACAACUGAGCAAUACGAACAGUGUGUGUGCAAUAUUUGAGAAAGUAAAUUCUAACAACGGACGGCAGCAUGUUAUUUUUGUAUAAAUACUGUAGAAGUGCUGGCUGGUUUCAGAGACCUCAGUUAUCUUCACAUUUCUAGUUCUAGUUGUCCGCCAGAUAUAACCAAGCUCAGCCAAACUGUUUUGAAAAGUUUCCUUUGGUAUUGCUGGAAAUACACAGUAUAGUAAUAGCAAGACUAAACUUCUAGUUAAAGCACCUUGACACAGACAUAAAAAAGCACAAUGUUGCACAACUUCUUUUACAGUAUGAGAAUGUGGAGGUAUAUGGAUGCACAUGUAUACACUAGUCUAGCUCAUGGGGAUUUCCUGCCUUGUUAUUAAUAACUUGGCAGGGAAUGUGCUUCACUUUUUGCUCUGCCCUAUAACUGUGAUCCUUUGAUUUCAUGC